GCAGCAACCCCAGUUGUGAGUUGUGGAGCAGGUGCUGGCAGACGCAAAGGAGAACAGGGAAAAACCUUUGUGCUUCUGUGAAGAAAGGUGCAAUAAUGGUGACUUACAGUAAGAAGGAAAUAAAAAAGCCUUGGAAACCAUAUAGCGGAUUUCAUUCUUCUAUGGGACUUGUGUAGGUAGCAGUGGUGAGAGACACAAAUUUUUACUUUGUAAGGGAGGGAGGGAUGUUCACAAGGCAGAACAAACAGUGCAACAAAGGGGCAUCUUAAAAAUUAACAACUGAAUUAGUCAAACCAGCGAAAGAAAUGAUUAAAUGUCAAAAUUGAAACAAUUUUUUUUACAAAGCUUUCAAAAAUAAAAUUAAAUAUUAGCGAAACACUGAACACUUACUCAGGAGAUUGAAGCAAAUUAGAAAAUUAAAAAUCCAAAUUAGAAAAGAUAAAAAAGCCAGCCCUUUUCAGCGGGUUGCUCUGCUGAAAGUCAGGUGCUGAAGCAAUGGGAUUGCAUAGAAAUGUAUGUGAAGGAGAGAAAGUCCUGUUCUGUUGUCUGCUACCUUUUGUGCAGAGACCUUGUUAAUACUUCUGUUUGUAUUCAUGUUGGUGUCUGGGAUGAGGACUGCAAUACUGCUGAAAAGAGGCUGAAGUUGCAGAAACUUCAAAUGCAAGAAAAAAGCUGAUGGCAGAGAGGGGACUUCAUUCAACGCAGGACUCUGCAGUCUUCAAAUGCUCCGUGGGAACAAAUACAGUAGCAGUAGUGGGACUGCAUUUCCACCUUAAGAUCCAGUGCCUUGUGAGCUCCAGCAUGUCAGCCCAAAGCUGUUAAUCUUUUCUAUAAUCACUGAAGAAAUAACUAGCACUGUAUUGUGCCGCUUUGCCUAAGCUGUAUUCAAUGAGCAGUUGUCAUGGCCAGCCUGUGUUUAGCUGCUGGCUGUUACUUUGCCAGGGAAUCUCAACCAGUCCAGCAGGGAAACAAUGCAGGAACUUAACUGUGAGAUGGCUUUUUUUGCCCAUGAGGAAUAUGGUUUGUGGCCGGGGUUCCAGCUGCACAUGAGGGGUGUCACUUGCCUGCUAGACUAUUAUAUUGGGGUGUGUAAGGAGAUACAGGUCCAAAAACAUGUGUGUGCUCAGCAGCUGUAAUAAAGUUCAAUUGUAGCUGUCUUCCAGUAUGUACAAAUUCACUGCUGUGCCCCAGCACCCAGCUUUUGGCCUAUUUCAAGCCCAUUAAAAGCAUGAAAGCUAGUAACAACUGUCUUCUUUUGACUUAACUUUUUUUUUCUUUUCUUUUCUUUUUUUUUUUUUUUUUUUUUUUUUAAACACACUGCUAUGUUGGUGCUGCCUGGGAAGGUGUGAAAAUGCAGCAUCAGGCCAAAAGUAGCACAGCCACUAUAGCCACUUGGACUGCUGUGAAGGUUACUGGUUGGGGGAAAUUAAAGAUGAACAUCAGAUUUCAAAACACUUUCCUUCGACCCUCUCCUGAUUGUCUGUGGAAAAAAAUGCAUGGGCUCUUCUUAGUCCUGGUGACAUGCACAGUAGGUGUCUCUGCUUUCAGACUCCAGCAAGUCAAAAACACAGAAAACUGCCAAGAUCACACAGUGUUUUUCAAACACUACUAUGAACUCCAUGGAGAACCUGUGGUUCUGAAAUGCCCUUCCCCCAGAUACAAACAUUUGGAUUUCUCUGCCUUGACCCCUAAUAUCACAUGGUAUAAAAAUGGUUCAAACAACAUGGUAACAGGAAGAGAUGAAGAUUCAAGAAUCUGGGCAAAAGGAAAUGCUCUCUGGUUUUUACCAGUGAUGCUAGAAGACUCAGGAGUAUAUAUCUGCACAAAAAGGAACUCCUCCUUCUGUGCCGAGGUCUCCAUCCACCUCACAGUUGUGGAGAAAACAGUUGCUCAGGAGAUUGCCUAUCCCCAGGUCCUUUUCACUUUCACCUCUGGAAAGAUUGUUUGUCCUGACCUGUGGGAUUUUACACCAAAUAGGACAAGCCUGGAGCUCAAGUGGUACAAGGAUGCUCUGCCUUUGGAAGAUGACAAUGAAAGAUUCAUCAUUCUGAAAGGUUCAGCAUCUCUGAUCAUGACAUCUGUGCUACCAACAGAUGCGGGGUAUUACACCUGCAAGAUGUCAUUUCCAUUUGAAGGUGUGGCGUAUGAAAUCACCAGGACAAUUCAACUGGAAACUGUUGAACAAGAGAAGAGAAUUACACCGAUAAUUGUGUAUCCAGCCCAAAAGACAACAUCGGCUGCUCUUGGCUCCAAGAUGACUCUCCCCUGCAAAGUGUUUGUUGGGUUGAGCAGCCACUUUCAAACUGAUGUGGAAUGGCUGGCAAAUGACACCAGUGUCGACAUGGUUUAUAAACAAAACAGAGUUACAGAAGGGGAACGACAAGAAAUUGUAGAAAACGGUGAAAACUUCAUUGAAGUACCACUGAUUUUUGAUUCUGUUGAAGAAGUGGACUUUUAUACAGACUUUACCUGUCUGGCCCAGAACAGAUAUGGAUACCAAGUACUGCCAACAAGGGUCAAGCAGGAAGCUGUUGGUCUGUCCUGGUACAUUGCAGUGAUACCUGCUGCACUGGCCUGUGUGAUUGUGGGAGUGAUAUGCAUGAACAAGUGCUGGAAGCGGAGAGCUGAAAAAAGAUAUAAAAUACCAGAGGCUUAAAAUCCACUUGGUUCUCCAACUGCCAACAGAACAAAAAAAAAAUCAACCUGGCUGUCUUUCACAUCAGAUACAGAGAGGGCAUUUCAGUCCCCAUAUAUCUGAAUUCCCAACAGACUGGUAAUAACAGGUCUUUCCCACUUUUCCCAGUCUUCUAUGAUCUGAUGAAGUUAAGAAUACAAGUUUGCAUUUUUAUGCUGCUUAGAUGCAGGAAAUCUGGUUCUAUUAUUUUGCACUUAGGGUGCAAUCUGUAGAAUUUUGGAACACAAAAUUGUGCUCUGGAUAUGGGAAGGGCAGGGAAAGGGAGGUGCGCUCACCCUUUGUAAUUCCAAUAGAUGUACUGUUUUUUUUUUUUUAAAGUAGAAGAACUCCCCUAAAAUCUAAAAAGGGAGGCUAAGGAAGCUUGCUACAGAAGGAGUAUUUGAAACUAGAGUGAAAAAGCAAUUUUUCUGUGCAACCAGACUAAAUUUAUUUUACUUCAGUCUAAAAAGAACCACUUGUUUUCCCUUUGCCAGAGCCAAAUGCAGUUGUCAUAGCAACCGUAUAUCUAUGAACUUCUCCACAGAAAAACUAAUUUUGUUCACCAUUUGGAUUACACUUUGCUUAAAUAGACUGUCUCAGAAUAUCCCGCCCCCAGAGAUAACUCCAUCUGUAUAACAGAUAACUGUACACAGAAGAAUUCAGUUCUGUUUUAUCUACCAAUAUGUUGUAGCUAGAGAUUCAUAGGCAGCUGUAACAUGUUGUCAUCUUUGCCAAGGAAAGAAUUGGAGGGAUGUUUAAGUGUUCUGAGAAUAAUUUGACUAAUAAAAAGUUUUAUUCCUGGAAGUGAUUGGACAGAUUGGCAGUAAUAAUGAACAGUCUCAUGCCUUUGUGCCUCCAGCCCUUUUGUGACCAGUAUGGUGUAGCUUCAGAUUGUGUCCUUUAAAUUGCAAUAUGCAACUUGGUUAUAUAGGAUACAAAACACUGCCUGUUAGGUUAACUUAACUAGAUUCUAGUCUUGGCAUAAAUCAUAAGGGAGCAAUAAAUAAUCAUUGACCAUGUUGUACUUUGAGGCUCAGAAUGAGUAAAAUUAUUUGGUUACUUCCUCUCUUCCUCUUCAAAGAGAUACCGCUCAUGACAGCGGAGAAAUCAUUACAUGAUAUAUAAUGUAUAUUAUCUUCAUCUGUAUAGGAGGGAAGAGAACCUGCAUUAAGGCCUAGAUUAGUUCAGAUCCAUAACAGACAUCUCUCACAUGCACCAAAUAUAAAGUUUUUUGUUCAUGUAAAUCAUCCCAGAGGAUUUUCAAACUCCAUAGGAAAAAAAAAAAUAGGAAAAACCUUGGCUCCAAAAUCCAAAUUGUAACACACUAGAGAAGUGAAUGGCUCACAUCCACCUGGGAGAGACCAUGACCUUAUGCCUUUCUUCCACCGCUUCUAGCUGGCUCUGAGUUUGGCCCAAUAAAUGUCUGGAAGUAUUUUAAAGAGUAGGAUGUGGUUUGAGUUAAGAAAUCUUCACUCUAUUAGCAAGAACAUUCAUAUGUAAUGAGAUUUAAACCAAAGGCUGCCUUUAAAUAACUCUAAAUGCUUGUUGUGAAGAUACAGGCACAGGGAUUAGAGUUCUGACGCAGUUUAGGUCCAAGACAUCCAGAGAACUGCACAGGACUCACUACUUCCAGGUGUAGAACAUUAAAGAUUACAAGGACUACAAGUUUUUUAUGGGCAGAUGGGAAAAAGGUGGAUGCAAGUGUGGAGAACAGUCAGUCCACUUGGAUAUCUGUUCUUUGAAGGGAGAAAGCUAUAGAUGAAUUGACCAGUGUUGGAGGGAACACUGAAAAUGUUUUAAGAGCAUCAGGGACGCUCAUUACUUUCAAGCAAUGCUAAUCUGUACCUAGAGAACACAUUAGGCUUGUCAAUAACUGUGAUGUUUAAAAAUGUGAUUUGCUCUUCCUUUCCAUCUGUAUCCUCCAAGAGUAGUGUGGUCAUCUACCUGGCUGUAGGUGCAGGGUUGGAUUUCACUAAGUGCUGGAAAAGAAGCAGAACUUUUUGUAUACUGAGUACUGGUGCCAUAAGUUAAAUACCUCAGAUCCUUCUCCAAAGCCAGAGAAGGAGAAAAAAAUCUGAUUGUAAGAUAAUAAUUAGGUAUUUAGGGAAUUGCUGUUACAUACUCAGUGGCAUCUUGAGUACAAUAGAAAAGUAAAGAAACAAAGGCUUACCUUUUAUGAAGUGAUAUUUCUGUCUCUGACUCCUAGUAUAAUAAUAUUCUGAAGGCUUUCCUCAUAAGUAGAUGUCUUCAGGUGAGCUACACAGUGUAAAUAUUUUAUAGAUAGAUUUGAACAAGUGAGUUACAUAAUGUAAGUUCUUUGUACUGUUUUGUAUCAUUUUACACAAGGGCAACAUGGUUUAUCUAGGUGUAGAAAAUGUUAUGUGAAAAAAUGGAAAACAAAUAAACCCAAACCAAAAUGCUGGUGUGUGAGUUGAGUGGGAAGAACGAUGUGAGAUAUGAGAUGGCUCUUUGAGGAUGGCAACUCUUUCCCAGACCUGAAAAGAAGUACAGCAUUAGGGAACAUCACAUCAAAGAUUCAGGGCUCUGCACCACAAUGUUUCUCUUCAGAAAAAUUAUGGAUGUAAUGAGGACA